AUGGCUGCGUCGGUAGAUAUCGAGAAGCAGCAAGGUGCUGAUCUCGACGUCAGCUCGUCCAACGAGCGUGGCUCCGUCGAGGCCAAUAACACCACCAACAACAACAGCAACGACAAUGCCGAACUCAAGCGCGACAUGAAGCCGAGGCACGUCAUGAUGUUCUCCAUUGCGUGCGCCAUCGGCACCGGUCUCGUCAUCGGCUCCGGAACCGGUCUGGCUAGGGGAGGACCCGGCUCCAUGCUCAUCGCCUACAUGAUGAUCGGAGCAGCCGUCUUCUUCGUCAUGACGGCACUGGGAGAGAUGGCUGCUUUCGUUCCCAUGAACAAGGGUUUCGGAGGUUAUGCCAGUCGAAUGGUUGAUCCGGCUUUUGGUUACGCGACUGGCUGGAAUUACUUUUUCAAGUAUAUCGUGGCCACCCCGACCAACUUGACCGCUGCCGGACUUGUCAUUCGCUACUGGAGGCCUGACUUGAACGUUGGUAUCUGGAUUGCCGUUUUCGGUGUCUGCAUCAUUGCCAUCAACGUCCUCAACGUCAAGUAUUUCGGAGAAUUCGAGUUCUGGAUGGCCAGCGCCAAGGUCAUCGUCAUGAUUGUCAUGAUCUUUUCAUGCUUUGUCAUUGCGUGCGGCGGUGGUCCCAACCGCGAUGCAACCGGCUUCCGCUACUGGAACGACCCCGGCGCAUUCAAGGCGUAUCUCUUCGAGGGCGACCUGGGUCGUUUUGUUGGUUUCUGGGCGUGUCUGAUCCAGGCUGUCUUCGCUUAUACGGGCACUGAGGUUGUGGGCAUGACUUUCGGAGAGGUCAAGAACCCGCGCAAGAACAUUCCCAUUGCCGUCAAGCAGACCUUUUGGCGUAUUUUCUGCUUCUACAUUCUGGGCAUAUUAUUCCUGGGCAUGACUGUUCCUAGUAACAGCGACCAGCUUCUCGGCGCCCUCAAGAAGGGAACUUCUGGUGACGCGUCGCCUUUCGUCGUCGCCAUGAACCUUGCCGGCGUUGCCCGCUUCGGUGACGUGAUCAACGGCUCGCUUCUGAUCUUUACCCUGAGUGCCGCCUGCACCGACAUUUACUGCUCUUCCCGAUCCCUCUACGGCCUUGCCCGUGAUGGUCAGGCCCCCGCCAUUUUUGGCAAAACCAUUACAAGCGGAGCUCCCAUCUACGCCGUCGGCCUUUCUUCCAUGUUUGUGGCUCUCGGCUUCAUGAAUGUGGCACAGAGCGCAGCCACGGUCUUCACGUACCUCACGAGCGUGCUCACCAUCUUUGCCUUGUUGAACUGGAUCGCCAUCCUCAUCUCCCACCUCCGGUUCCGCGCCGCCAUCAAGGCCCAGGGCAUCACGCUCGCGGACCUCCCCUACGUCGGCUUCCUGCAGCCGUACGGCACCUACUACUCGCUCUUCAUCUCGUUCCUCGUCGUCAUAUUCAACGGCUAUGACGCCUUUGUCCCCGUCUUCAAGGUGGACACGUUUAUCACAAAGUACAUUGGCACGUUGCUUUUCCUGCUCAACAUUGCGUUUUGGAAGUUUUACAAGAAGACAAAGUUCUGGGACCCGUCCGAGGUCGACCUGGUCACCGGCCGCAGGCAGGCACACGAGGCGGAGGACGUAAACGACAAGCAGUGGAACGAAGGCUUUUGGAAGAAGACGGUCAACAAGUUCAAGAGGAAGUAG